GCUCGAUCAACGGUCAUUGGAGAUAUUAAGGACCGCACAGCAACCUUCCUGGUCUCCUCUCUUCUGUUUUGCGUGCUCCCCGUGUCGGUACUCUUGCGGUACCCUUCCAGUCGCAACCUGUUCAACACGGUACACCCACCCAUACGCGACCGAACCGCUCCCUUCUUUCCCUCCAAAACCGCACCAGCAAUGCACUCUCUCAUAUCCGCUGUGCGUCUUACACGGCGUAUCCCAGCGAUACAUAAAUCGCUGCUCAUACACAGACCAUCAGCCCGGUUCAUGGGUAACGUCUCCCCCGCCCAGUCGCUGGCAGCAGCGGAAACGAGCUCCAAGAACAGACGCGUGUUUGUUCUCAACCUCCCGUACACGGCGACGAUGGACAAGGUCAAGGAGUUUAUGGAGACUCGGGCCGGGCCUGUAACGCAUGCGGAGAUCCUCACCACUCCAGAAGGCGAAUCUAAAGGUUGCGCGGUUGUGGAAUUUGAAGGCCAGGAGAUGGCAGAAAAGGCCAUCGCCAGCAUCUCCAUGCAGGUCUUUGAUGGUAGGAGCGUGUUUGUCCGCCCGGUAGGUCACGACCUUGUUGUGGGUGAACGGGACAGGAAAAUGAACGAGACGGAAUGGCAGGAUCAAUCUGACAUGGGAUUCGGAACCCAGCCUUAUCAGCUAUAUAUUGGGAAUGUUCCCCCCUCCUUCAGCUGGCAAGACCUCAAAGACGUCUUCAAGCCCUUCGGACCAGUAAACCACUGCAACGUCUCCUCCAAACGCGUUGCUUCUGCGACCGAACCCAUCUGGGGGACUCUUCAGCUCCAAAGCGCCGCCCACGCCCAGCGGGCGAUGAACCACUUCGCUGAUGCCGCACGGAAGAGCAGCAUCGGCGCCCUCGUCGUUCUACCGUGGGAAGACCGACCGCGGGAUGUGGAUGUUAGCUUGCUAAACGAUGCUGCGCGGAGGUCAUUAAGACCUAACAAAGGGGAUGGAUCGGCUCCUGCACCGGCUUGGGGAGGCCCGGUUACGUCUCAAGCGGGUCAGGUUGGUCAACCACGCCAGCCUUAUGGGUUUGCCCAGCCGGGCCAGGCAACGUUCUCCGCUCCUGGACGGUUCCCCCCAGGCCAAGUUCAGCAACUCCCCCAACAACCUCAGCAGGAGCAGCAACACUCUCCAGGCCAAGCGCAACCCCUGCCAAACACCUGGAGCAACUACCCCUACCCUUACCCUUACGCCUACCCCCCACCCCCAUCCUCACUCGGGCAAGGCUGGCCCUCCCCCGCCGGCACCCCUCCUCCAGGCACUCCACCGCAGAAUGCCUACCCCGCGCCGCCCCAGGGCUGGCCGUCCCACCCACCUCAGGGCUAUCCCCCGUACCAAGUCCCCUACCCGUACAACUACACCUACCCUCCGAGCCCGGUGACCACCCCAUCUCCCGAUAGCUCAUCCAGUGCCACUCCUUCCCCCGACAGCGCUAUCCCUCCCCCUGUAGAACAAGAGAAGAACAUUUGGAAAGCUCCUACGGGCCCGCGUGCCGCACCUGAGCUCUUCCGGCACCGCACCGCUCUCCACACGGGCGCUAAAACGCAGAUCGUUGUCAAAUUCUUCCCGAACGAGACAGACGAGGAAGACCUCGUCGACCUGUUCACUUCCACCGGUGCGCAAGUCGUCGGCGUCGAGAUCCUCCGCACAGAACGCAUCCGGAACAUGGGCAUCGUACAGUUCUCAACCCCCGACGAGGCGCAAGCAGCGGUCCAAACUUUCCAUGGGUAUAAUUAUGGCGGGCGCGGGCUGGCGCUUAGGAUGGUUAACGAGCCGUUUAACUUUUCGGCUAAGGCUUGGGCGCCGGAUAGGGAGAAGCUGGUGGAAGAGGAGAGGGAGAAGAGCUGGAAGGAUAUGGAGUAGAAAUUCUUUGGGUUGGACUGGGGUUUUGGGUUGUGUUAGGAAGACAAUGAGAUAUAGAUAGUCG